AUGGCGACACGAACGGCGAUACAGCGGUUUAUCACCAAAUUGGUGACGGUUUUUGAGAUUUUCGUCGGCGUAGUGGGAGAUUGGGAGGAGUUGCUCCACUACUCGACGGUUUUCCCCACGAUGGGUUCCUCUUCCCAACGUGAUGCAGUUAUCCGAACGAUUAGGGCGAAGGAGCGCCUAUAUACUGAUUGGAUUGUAAAGUUGAUUUCUUCAUCGUUUGCAAGCAAUCUCUUUGCAAUACUUCAGUAUCCUUUCAGGUUUUACAAUUCCCUUCUCAAAAUGGGUGAUAACAUUCGUCGCCAAAUCCAAGACCUCGAUUUGGGGGCUCUCGAUCCACCAAUCCUACUAUCGGUGGAUGUCGUAGAACAAGCGGCGGCUGAAAACCGAUUCAUUCUGGUGGGUCGUCCAACCAUUCCUCGCCGUCAGAACCUAAGGUCAUUGAUUGCAGUCUUGCCACGGAUCUGGAACAUGCCCAAUGUUCACGGUCGUAUCAUUGAAGGAGGGCGGUUUCAAUUCAUUUUCCCUUCGGAGGAAUCGAUGGAGACGGUUCUGCGGAGAGGUCCAUGGGCCUUUGCGGAGAGGAUGGUGGUCUUGCAAAGAUGGUCCCCAUACAUCAUGGCGGACAUGUUGAAUUUCAUUCCUUUCUGGAUUCAAAUCCGUGGGAUUCCGCUCCAAUACAUGACCCAAGAUGUGAUUGCUCACAUUGGUUGUGCAAUGGGUCUCCUGAUGGAUGUCGAUUACAAUGCCGAGGCGAUAGAGAGAGUCGAGUACUCUCGGGUGCAUCUGAACAUGGACAUCUCGGAACCACUGCGUUUCCAGAGGUAUUUCCAAUUCUCUCAAGGGGUCAAUAUGCUGCUCCGGUUCAGAUACGAGAGGCUGAGGGGCUUCUGUGAAGUCUGUGGAAUGCUUACACACGACAAUGGUGCGUGUGUGCUUCGCAAUGGUGGUCCACGACCUCACUCUGAUGAUGAGGAUGAUGAUGACGAUCUCAUCGGGGAUGAGGUUCCGAUGAAUGAUGGUCUUGCCAAUGGAGUCCCUAGACAAGUGAAUGUUGCUGGUAACGUUCAGAGGAACGAAGUUGGAGACCAGAAUGCUCAGGGUGCUAGAAUUGAGGAGAUCGUGGAGGAAGAUGAAGGCAACUCAGAUUUAGAAGCGUCUGAGGAUUCUAUCGAUGCCCCAAGUGGAGAAAUGGAUUCUGAUGGGUGCUUUCCGGGGGAAAUACUGAUUUCCAGUCUACCAUCAUACGACAUGUUUGUGAGAGAGUCUGAUCCAACACUGGUCCGGUACCUAUAUGAUGAAGACGAAGCGGAGGCUCGAGAUGCCAAGGAGGAGGAACUUAGGAAUGCAAUUGUCCCGGUCCAGGAGACACUCAAGCGGAAGUCUAUGGAGCCGGAAUCUGACGAGAAUCACUUUCAGAAUAUGCAGAGGGGAGAAGGCAGCGGGAGCAACAAGAAGAAGGUUUCUGCAGAGGAACGUGUGUGUGGCGUGGUGGGCCCUCAACCACCAGAGCCGCCAUGA